UGUUAAAACGGGUCGGGAGGCUGCUUUUCAUCCUCACAGGCGCGGCUCCUACCUAAUUCACCCAGGAACCCGCGUUAAGUCUCUUGCAGCAAAAACAAUGCAAACCUUCGUGGCACUUUAAAGACAAAUUAUGCCAGCCCACGUAUUUUACUCAGAAGUAAGCCCCACGGGAUUCAGUAGGAAUUUCUUCUAGAAUUUAAAACUGUAAAUUCAUGGUAAACGAUGACGUCUCCUCUUUCCUCUCUGGGGAAGAUUCGCAGGAUGCCACUCCAGUUGCAGACACCAGGAAAAAGGACAGCACCUUUCAAAGAGAGCAUUCAGAAUGAGGAUGAAGCAGCAAUGAUGGAUGAAAUCCUGGGGCCCAGAGCUCAGAUUCCAAUCAGCAGGCCUUCAUGCUCAGAUGGAACUGCAGAAAAACCAACGGCAUUGGGGUCUGCUCCCAACGAUAUGGAGCUGAUGGCCUCCAUGAUGCAGAAGAUUGCUUCCUUGGAACAGAGCAUCAAGAGCCAAGCACGGGCAAUAUACCACAAGGAUAAGAAGAUCGAGGAGCUUGAGGAGCAGAUAAAAGUCCUUAAGAAAGGGAAAGCUGAAUCUUCUUGGAUGAGCAGAGCAGAGGAACUGGAAGUGAUAUGCCUUAAGUUGCAGCAUCAGGUCUGGGAAAUGGAGCUGUUUCUGAAUGACUAUGGAUUGAUCUGGGUUGGAGAAGGGACAGACUCUUUGGGAGAAGUGGCGGCACAAAGUGAUGAAAGGAGUGAGCUGUCAAAGCGUUACUGGAAACCAGGUGAAUCCAUCGUUUCAGAAACCAAUUUUGAUUUAAUUUUUGCAAACCUGAAAGAUUUAAAUGCUUUGGCUGGGGAAGGCAUGUCCCAAAUCGAGCACACGGCAGGGGGUGCUAGGCUGAAGCAGCUGGACUCAAUCCCCCUCACCUUCUAUCAAAAUGGGAUUGUCAUGUUCAAAGGGCCUUUCCGGUCAUAUGAAGAACCUUCCACGCAGCAACUCCUACGAGAUAUCAUGGAUGGUUACUUCCCUUCUGAGCUGCAGAAGCGUUACCCAGAUGGUAUCCCAUUUCAGGUCACCGACAAGAGAGACACCGUAUUUCAGGAGAGGAAGCUGCUGCAUAAAAGUUUUCCGGGCCAGGGCCACGUCAUUGGCCUUGCCAGACCAAGCGGAUUAAAGGAGACAAAUGAGAUACCAGGUCCUAAGCUCACCAUGGAGCAGUUUUUGAAUAAGCUUCCAAAGUCACGGAUUCAAGAUGGGCAAGUGAUCGAUAUCCGAGGAGAAAUUAAAAAAACCCUCCAGGGCUCAGGUGGAAAAAGCCACGAAGUGAUUGUGGUGGAGACCCCUAGUAUUGCAGCAAUGAAGAAGAGGUUGGAAGGGAAUGAAAAAAAGAAGGCCUCCAACCCCAAUGUCGCAACUCUUCGGAUAAAGUCAGAGAAUGGGGAGAAGACCUAUAUCAUCAAGAUGCCAUUCACCGAGACCAUCGGAGACCUGCGCCAGCAUCUUGCCCAGAGCAGGGGAGAAGAAAUGGAACCUUACGAGAUCAUCAGCACUUUUCCUUAUCGAGUGUAUAACAACAACUUCAUGACGCUGGAGGAGUGUGGGCUGGUCCCCAAUGCCUCACUUCGGCUGCAGAAAAGGGCCCCGUCAACCAAAUCACAAGGGCAACAAGUGUAAUGGUUUACAGUGGAUGAUUCAUCAGGCUUGGCUGCCACUCAGCUAGGGAGUAGUGUGCCUUCUUCAGGAGAGCCUGUGCAAAAAUGACAUCCUCUAGUCAGAGGGAGAAACAGGGAAGGACUGACCUUUCCACUUACCCAAGCUCCAACCUUUGCGGCUAUUCUCAGCACUCCAGUCAAAGGAGAAAGCCGGGGUUGGGGUGUAGUUGGAAUACUGGGCAUAGACCCUCCCUUUGUUACCCAGCUUGAGUGGGGCUUAGCCCCAGGUCUAGGUUAUCAUUAGCCUCAAAUGGAUGAAGAAACUCUGGCCCUUGUAAAGCUCUCAUCAGAAACACCAGACCCUCACUCCAAGAAAGAUUGCACAGUUGGGCUACUGGUGCUAGCAUGAAGUUUCCCUUUUAUAAGCUGCUGCAUCACCAAAUGAGCGCCAAGUCCUAAACCAUGCACUGGUGCACACCAUGUGCUUGAUGGCACCCACCCUGUUCCUGUAGCCUACAAGGGCCUCAAAAAUGGGGUUUAUCAACUAGUUGGUGGGGUUAGGGGCACCUGGUAAUUCAUCUAAUGCAGGUGUGCAGAAACUUCAGCCCUUCAGAUGUUACUGAACUAUAAUUCCCCUCUUUCCCUGGCCAUGAGUUACACUUGCCGAGGCUGAUAGGAGUUAUGGUUCAGCAACAUCAGAAAGGCCUAUGGUUCUUCACUAGUUCUAAUGGGAAAGGGAGAUGAACAUUUUUUGCCUUUCUUGAAGCUGAAAAGGAUCUGCGUACCCAACCAUUGAACUUGGUGUGGCCACAAAGGCAACUCAGCCACAUAUUAGCUCCUCUUCCCCUGUGCAAGACAGGGAGUCCCAAUGUCAGCCAGCCCAUACCCAGUGUGUAAUGCCCCAAAGCUUAGUGAGAAGUGCCUCUCCCCCCCCCCCAUAGCGUGGAUGCAGUGCCAGAGCAGCCCAUCCCUUGUCUCUGGCAGGAGUGGGGAGUCUUUGUCCCCCUGGAUAUUGCUGAACUACAACUCCCACCAGCCCCAGUAAGUCUAGCCAGUGCGAGUUGUAGUUCAGUAAAUGCUGGAGGGACUAGGUUCCUCACACAUACACUCUGGCUACAGCCAAAGAUGGAUGUCCUGCAGUUAAAAACCAGCCAGUGUGUGGGAGAAAUUACCUUUAGCAGGUCUCUUUUGAGGCCACAACAAAACACAGUUAAUUUCUCUUCCUCUGGUGAGUUAUAUGCAAAGCUGACCACCUUAACAGCAACCCACCUUGUUCAAUACAAUGUCCCUUGUUAUUGUUUUCCUGUUUGCCCAAGGCUUGCAAUAUUAGGUAGUGAGUUCUCCCACCCCCUGACUGAUCUUUGUAGUUGUUCAGUAAAGAGGGCUUGACAGCCAUGUUUCAGGGUGUCCUUCCCUACUCCUUCUGGGAUGGAAUUUGCAUGUUUCAAUGAUCAGUCCAUGUCAAAACCUCCCUUCCUCCAGAAAAUUAGCUAGCCAGAGAAGGGUUUAAAAAUAAUUAUUAAGCCACAAUUCUGCUAAAAAGUGGUGUACUGAAUGGGCUCAGCCUUUUUUUUGACAAGGAGGAAGGACUCAAGCAUAUCCAAUUCCUCUUCUUCCCCACCUUCUAAUUGUGCCGAAGUUAUGAAGUUGUACUGUUCUGUGAAGACACCAGAUGCUUUUUCUGACCUGUUAAAUUGGUUCUUAGUGCUUACUAAUC